CCUCUCUCUUCUCACCAGUAAAGGCUAGUAAAUACAAAGAGAUUCACUCACUUAGAAGCCAGUAGCAGACAUGGAAACUGGCAGCCUGUACACAUCAUUGGAUAGGCCCACCGAAGAUACUUAUAUCACUGCAGAACCAGCAAAGGACAGAAAAGCUAGACACCUGGAAGUUGUAAACCUGGCCUGUCCUAAACUCUCUGCCAAUGAUAGAAUAACAGCAAUGGACAAAUCCUGUCCUGUAAGAGACACAUUGGUGAGAGGUAAAACAUGUUUCACUUGUCCACAGGGUUGGCUGCUGUUUAACUCCAAAUGUUAUUUCUUCUCCACUGAUAAAUUCAACUGGAACAACAGUCAAAAAAACUGCACCUUACUUGGGGGACAUCUUGUGAUUAUAGAGAGCAAUAAGGAGCAAAAUUUUUUAACAGCAUUGGUGGAAAUUGAAGGUGAAGAAGAGAAAACCUACUGGAUUGGACUGACAGAUCAAGUGAACGAAAAUCAAUUUUUAUGGGUGGACAAUAAACCUCUGGACAUAAAAAAUGAGUUCUGGGGAAGAAGAGAGAAUGACAAUGGGCUAGAGCCAGACAACUGGACUCAUCGGAAGAAUGGGUACAUGGGAGAGGACUGUGUGGAGCUAAAAAAAUUAGAGCGCUACAGUGGCUGGUAUGAUCAAAACUGUGUAUCAGAAAAGAAAAGGAUCUGUGAGGCAGCAGCAUUAACUUUGCCAACCCAUGUCUGAAUUGUACACAGGAGCAGCUGAGUAGUCAGCACAUCAGUGGAGUUAAAUGGCUUCUCUGAAUUGACCAAUUGUGGCUUCUAAUGACUAUUGUUUACUGUGAAUGUAGUGUUUUUGUGAAGA